UUGCACCCACACCGCGAGUGUAAGUGUAUAUACUUGUUAUUUUGCGCCGUUAUGGACGCAAAUAGAGCAGACAAAGACCCGGAAGACAAUCAGGGCACCUCAACCAACCAUCAUGGAACGGGGCAUGACUCAACCCCAUAUGCGCGGGACUUCCUGACGCUCCAGAUUAGGAUCAUCAACGGGUUUGAAACCUAUGUGGCAGCUCCGUGGAAGAGACUGGUGGCGGAGGUCAUUGACACUCUGCUGUUUGUCGUUCUGCUCAAGGCUUAUCUCCCAGAAGCAGAUCUGAGGAUCCCGGAGAUUCUUCUAGAAGGAUCAGACGUGUGGGCCACCAUCGAUGAGGCGGCGGAUCUGGACGAGAUUCAGACGAUUCUCCAGACUUUCGUCUUCUCAGUUCUAAUGCAGAGAAUCAACCACGCCCUCCUGGAGUUCAUGUGGACGGCUGUGUUUUCGUGCACUCCAGGGAAGUGGCUUCUUGGACUGCGCAUCGUCCACGCCAACUCCAUUCACCUGACUCGAACCCAGCCUGGCUACACACUGAGAAUAGUCCCCGGUGGUAGAAUAUCUCCUUGGAGGUCCUUCGUUCGCGCCACAUUCAAAGCCACAUUUUCUCUCUUCUGUCCGCUGGUCAUCUUCUUCUUCUCUCUGUAUCGCGGACAGACGAAGUACGACCGCGUCCUGCGCUGUGCCGUCGUCGACUCUCGUAGCCUCUAUCGACCAGUACACACCCACCCAACAAAUCAGGGAGCGAAUAAUCAACCUCGCCUACUUCAAGUUGGCUGA